CUCGCUCUCUCUCUCUCUCUCUCUCUGUCGCUGCCGCGUCGUGUUGGAGUGAACGGCCAUUUGAGGUGGCUAUACAGCCUGGGAGGGUUGAUUUCGAAUUGCCUUGGUGACACAGAUCUACCCGAGUCUCCCUGUUGCAGGCCAGACCAUCAGGAUGAAUGGCAUGUGGGUUGACAAGCACCGGCCCAAAUCACUGGACCAGCUCGACUUUCAUGCCAACCUCAGUCAGCACCUCAAAAUGCUGAGUGCGUCGGGUGACGUCCCACACAUGCUGUUCCAUGGUCCCUCGGGCGCUGGCAAGAAAACGCGCUGCAUGGCCUUUUUGCGUGAGCUGUAUGGCCCCAGCGCUGACCGCCUCAAGAUUGACCAUCAAGUCAUCAAGCCCACACCUAGUAAAACGGUGGAAAUUUCAACUCUUUCCAGCAACUUUCACAUUGAGAUCAAUCCGAGUGACGUGGGCAUUGACGACUAUCACGUCGUGCGCAUGAUUCUGAAGGAAAUUGCUCGCACCCCGCUUGUCGACACGAGCAAGCACCCAUUCAAAACCGUGGUGAUUGUGGAAGCGGACCGCUUGACCCGCAAGAGUCAACAGGCGCUGCGUCGCAUCAUGGAAAGCUAUGUCAGCAACUGCCGCUACAUCCUCAUCUGUAAUAGCAGCACCAAGAUUUUGGCCCCCAUUCGCAGCCGUUGCUUGCAAAUGCGUGUGGGAGCACCGACCAUGAGUGAGAUGUGUGCCGUCCUACAUGGUGUUGCCAAAAAAGAAGCCGUGACCGUACCCGACGAAUUGUGUCAACAGAUUGUCAAAGAGUCGCGGCGCAACCUUCGCCGCGCUCUUCUCAUGCUGGAAGCUUCUCGUGCCCAAAUACAAGCCACGAGUCUGCCGGUGGACUUGCCCAUUGUGCGCGCCGAUUGGGAGGUCUACUUGCGGGAAACAGCAGAGCGCAUUGUUACUGAGCAGUCGGCGGCGCGUCUACUUGAAGUCCGUGGUCGUUUCUAUGAGCUCCUCACGCAUUGCAUUCCGGCCGAUUUGAUUCUCAAGACGCUUAUGGAAGAGCUUGUGCGUCACCUGGACACAGACCUCAAGGUACAAAUUGUGCAGCUGGCUGCCGAAUAUGAGCAUCGCUUGCAGUCUGGGCGCAAGGAAAUUUUCCACCUUGAAGCGUUCACUGCCAAGUUUAUGGCCCUGUACAAGGGCUUCCUGGACCUGUUGGGCGACGUUUAA